CACAACACAACCUUACUCCAUUCAUGCCAGUUACGCGAAAACUCUAAACUUUCUCAGAUUAAAACCACACUUGAUCUUCUUCACUAACGGUAACGGUAACCCUUUCUUCUUCUUCUCUCUCACUAUGAACCCUAAUUCAUUUCAAUCCUUCAGUAUCAUACACACAUAAAAUUUUAUUUGUUCCCACUUGUUAUACCUAUAUCUCUCUAUAUCUCUAUAUAGGACUUAAGAGAAACCCGACACUAUAUUAUUGCCUUUCGUGGAUCAUUGGCAAGUCAUGUUUCGUGGAUCAUUGGCAAGUCAUGUUUAUCCUGUUUCCAAACAAACUCAGAUUCAGAUACCCUUUAAAAAUCCCACUUUUAGGUCUCCUUUGUUGUUUACACACUCGUUCCUCGUGUCCUUAUGUGAAACCCAUCCAUUGGAACACCUCCCACAGCUUCGUUCGAAACAACCCUCUCCUUUCUCUCUUAGAAAGGUGUCAGUCCUUGCUCCAGUUGAAGCAAAUCCAGACCCAGAUGAUCCUGACUGGCUUCAUUAACGACAGCUUUGCCGCAAGUCGUCUUGUCACAUUCUGUGCUUUAUCUGAAUCGCAGGCCCUUGAGUAUUGUACCAAGAUCUUGUAUUGGAUUCGAGAACCAAAUGUAUUUUCUUGGAAUGUGUCAAUUAGGGGAUUUGUGGAAAGCGGGGACUUAGAAGGAGCUGUUUUGUUGUACAAGAGAAUGUUGCAAUCUGGUGUUAUGAAACCAGAUAAUCAUACUUAUCCUUGCUUGCUCAAGGCUUGUUCUUUCCCAUCUAUGAAUUGUGUUGGUUAUACAGUACUUGGGCAUGUGUUGAAGUUUGGAUUUGAAUUUGAUAUAUUUGUGCACAAUGCAUCAAUAACUAUGCUACUCUCGUAUGGAGAGUUGGAGGCAGCGUAUGAUGUGUUCAACAAUGGUUGUGUGAGAGACUUGGUAACAUGGAAUGCCAUGAUUACGGGAUGUGUUAGAAGAGGGCUGGCUAAUGAGGCUAAAAAACUCUAUGAGGAAAUGGUGACAGAGAAAGUGAAACCAGAUGAGAUUACGAUGAUUGGGAUUAUUUCUUCUUGUUCUCAACUGCAGGAUUUGAAUCUCGGCAGAAAAUUUCAUCUUUAUGUCACAGAACAUGGCAUUGAGUUGACAAUCCCACUCAGUAAUGCACUUAUGGACAUGUAUGUCAAGUGUGGAGACCUGUUGGCUGCACGAAUUCUAUUUGAUAAAAUGGCACACAAGACGCUUGUUUCAUGGACGACUAUGGUUUUGGGGUAUGCUAGAUUUGGUUUUCUGGAUGUCGCCCGGGAGCUUUUGUAUAAAAUUCCAGAAAAGAGUGUUGUGCCUUGGAAUGCAAUCAUCAGUGGCUGUGUCCAAGCUAAGAAUAGUAAAGAGGCACUGGCUCUGUUCCAUGAAAUGCAAAUUAAGAAAAUCAAACCUGAUAAAGUUACCAUGGUUAACUGUUUGUCUGCAUGCUCACAACUAGGAGCACUUGAUGUAGGACUAUGGAUUCACCAUUAUACUAAAAGGCAUAGUAUUUCUCUCGAUGUUGCAUUGGGCACUGCACUAGUUGACAUGUAUGCUAAGUGUGGAAAUAUUGCAAAGGCUCUCCAGGUUUUCCAAGAGGUUCCUCAAAAGAAUUGUUUGACUUGGACAGCUAUUAUUUGUGGUUUAGCACUUCAUGGGAAUGCCUGGGAUGCUAUAUCCUAUUUCUCAGAAAUGAUCCGUAGUGGCUUAAGACCUGAUGAGAUCACUUUUCUUGGUGUCUUAUCAGCUUGUUGUCAUGGAGGUUUAGUUGAAGAAGGCCGAAAAUACUUUUCCGAAAUGAGCUUUAACUUUAAUAUAACCCCUCAGCUUAAACACUACUCGUGCAUGGUGGAUCUUUUAGGAAGGGCUGGUCAUUUGGAGGAAGCAGAAGAGCUUAUUGGAAAUAUGCCAAUAGCAGCAGAUGCUGCUGUGUGGGGUGCUUUAUUCUUUGCAUGUCGUGUUCAUGGUAAUGUUUUAAUAGGAGAGAGGGCAGCUUUGAAACUUCUUGAGAUGGAUCCUCAAGAUAGUGGUAUUUAUGUUUUGCUUGCUACUAUGUACAGUGAGGCAAAAAUGUGGAAGGAGGCAAGGAACGCAAGGAAUAUAAUGAAGGAGAGAGGAGUAGAAAAGAUUCCUGGUUGCAGCUCAAUUGAAAUCAAUGGCAUUGUGCACGAGUUUGUGGCAAAGGAUGUGUUACAUCCACAGUCUGAAUGGAUUUAUGAAUGCCUGGUUUCAUUGACAAAGCAACUGGAGCUUCUUGUGUUUACAUGUGAAAUUCCUGCUUAUGGAGAUGAAUUUGUUUCCUAAACUUUCAUAUGAUACAGAACCAGAACCAACUAUGGUAAUCAUUGGCCAGAGCUUUGAUUCUAAUGAUGUCAUGUACAUUUUGGAGAAUACUUGCAUAGUUACGGUGUUGGACUCCAACUUAAAUGACUUCAUGACUUGGUUCUACUUCUAGACUCUACGGGAUGAAGAGGAGAAGUAGGAAGAAAACUGAUACUGUAAAUUCUGUCUUGAAAUUGACCAAAGAAAGUGAGAGCUGGAUUCAAUAAAGGUCAUCCAUGUAUCACUGCCAAAGUGGACAACCGUAAAAUGGUAUGGUGGGCAAAAUCUUUGGUUGCUGUUACUACUGCCCCAGACAAGAUCCAUUUUACUUGUGAAUUGGGUUCAGGUCGUCUUAAGGCCCAAGAAGGCUUUCACACUGAGAGUUACCAAGAAAUGCUCAAAUUCACAAUGUGAGUUUCCAUCUGGAGGUUUAUGAAACAUGUGAUGAUUCUUUUGCACUGGUUUAUGCUCUUCUACCUGAUUGCUAUAACCUGCUGGAAGAUUAUCCAUCAUUGUGCAUGGAAAUGGUGACAAGUGUUGAAUGAGAAAGCAAAUGAUAUCUGAUAUUAGGAUGUUUUGUCCUGACAAGUUGUAUGUUUUGCAUUGGCAUGGCACGCAGAAUGGCUUCAAAAAACAGCAACCAUUUCUUACCUUGUUAGCUGAGGUCAGCUAUAUUGAUCAAUUGACACCGUCAAAUUUUGUGAAGAACUAAACUUUCAAUAAAAAUCACUUUUAGCAAGGUCAUUCUUAGUAGUUUCUUGUAAUAUUUUCUUUGCUUUUUCAUUCCAUUUAAUUGGGUUAUAUUCCAUUGUUCCACUUCUUUUUACUUUGAAUGCCUCUUUUAUUUGUUCAAGAUCCAAUCGUUCUCUAGGCCUGAGACCACAGAUUGUUAGUGUUGAUUUAAACCUUGUCUU